AUGUUUGCGGCAUUUCGACGUCGUGCCGCAUCAACAUCACGUUCUGAAUCGAAUGUUAAAGAAAAUUCUCCUGAUGAUACCAAUGAACGUAAAACACACAUUGAAAAUAAUAACUCUACUGGUUUCAUAACACCAACAGCACCAACAAAUGGAACUAAUACAUUAACUGUUAAUAGUAAUGGAAUAAAACAUCGUACACUAUCUGGUCUUUCAAUGACAUCAUCAUCAUCAUCAUUCAAUACAUCACCAACACUUAAUAUAACUCGACAACAAGAAAAACAAGAAUUACAAACACUUAAUGAUCGUCUAGCAGUUAUUAUUGAUACAGUUCGACGACUUGAACAAGAUAAUGAAAAAUUACGAAAUAUUGUUAAAACAAAUGCCCAAUCAUUCGAAUUAGAAACAUCAAAAGUUAAGACUUUAUAUGAAAAUGAAUUAGAUGAUGCAAAACAAUUAAUUGAAGAAUUAGCUCAUGAAAAAUCACGUCUCGAAAUUGAACUCGAAAAAAGUCGCUGUGAAAAUUUAGAUAUACAAGCAAAAGCUGCUCGUAAUGAUCGUGAUGCACGUAUAUAUGAAUCACGUUUAAAACAAUGUGAAAAUGAACUAGCUGAAUUAAAAACACGUUGUGAUGCAAUUACAUUGGAUGCAUCACGUAAAAUUGAAGAGAAUGAGACACUUCACAAAUUUAAUCAUGAUCUUGAAAAACAAGUAUCAGCAUUAAAACGUCAACUUGAAUCUGAAACAUUAUUACGUGUUGAUCUUGAAAAUAAAAAUAAAACUUUACGUGAAGAAUUACAAUUUAAUCAACAUGUUUAUGAAACAAAAAUCUAUCAAAUUAAAGAACAACAACGUGUUGAAACUCUUCAUGAUGAUGGUUUACGUCAACAAUAUGAUGCUAGACUUUUACAAGAAUUACAACAAUUAAGAACACAAAAUGAACAAGAAAUGCAAUUAUUAAAAGAAGAAAUUGCUGUACAAUAUGAAAAAAAGGUAAGAUAA